GCGGGGACAGAGCUAGGAGUCGGACUCGGGAUCCUGGGCGAAGAACACACGAAGAAAGAAAAGAGAGAGAUGAAGAAAAGCGGGAUGCUGCAUGUGUUAAAACUUCUGUCUUGGCAAGUCCAGUCUGUUCCCUGUCUGUUCCAGUAUUUGAUUAUGGGUACAUGGGCAAAUUUGACGGGUUGUCAGCUGAGGCACCAGCAGUCUUUCCCAGCCCUAUCUAAAUUGCCUUGUUCGACAGCUUUCAGCUAGUGGAGGUUCGGAUUUCAGAUACUGCUCAGAAAAUUGAUUUUCCCCAGUCUUUUUCUUAGCUACCGGCCUAUGUCCAUGUUCCGCAAAAUGUAGUCAACCUUAGACGGCCUAUAGUGGACUAUCUCAUCGCACCCUCCAGAGCCUGCCCGUCUGGGUUAGUUCAGCGCCCUGUUGCAAGCAGCAAUUAGAGCCUGCAAGAGCUUUGACGACUGUAUGAAAACCCCAGUCAUAGAAAGCAGGUCGUUAUGGCUUUCUUUCGCCCUCAGCGCGCCGCAGAUUGUGCGAUGCACAAGUUGCAGGAGCUGUGCCUGUACAAGAUCGUGGACAACCUGGACAUGCUGGGAGACGUUGGGGACACGCCUGCCAUCUUCCUUGAGAGGAUACUUGCCCACUGCACUUUAGACCAGCUGAAAAGAAUCGAGGACGCCUCCAAGGGACGGGACCUGGAGAGCAUCACCAACGAGUUCUGGCACCGCUUCUAUCAGAAGAAGUGGGGCGCGGAGGCCACCGGGAUCAUCGAGAACCGCGUUCAGAAGAAGGGCCUGCCUCUUCGCUGGCGAGCGCUCUACGACCACAAAGUGAAGCAGGAGGAGCAGAUCCAGGCCAAGUGCGUCAGCCGGCUGCGGGAGCUCUUCAUCAAGGAGAAGAACGAGAAGCUGGCACGCACAGUCCAAGUAUGUGCCCGGCGCCCGGAGGUCAAGAAGAGAGCGGUGGGGCCGCAGAGUCCCGGCGGAGUGCAGCGCGGGCGGCUGCUGGCAAAGGCAAAGAAAGAUUACGUGGGCAGCUUUGAUGCGCAGCGCCGGAAGUCCUUGCUGCAGCGCCAACCGAGCAGCGGCCCGAGCGUUCUCGGCAAACGGCCCUCUCCCUCGCUGACGUCAUCGCCGGGCCCCGUCCAGAAACGACCCGCACCGAGCAGUCCCCAAAACCAGGGACUCCUGCGGCGCACGGAGCCGCCAACAAGGCCUCGAGAGCAGGGGCCAAGCAAAACCGUCCUUGGGAAAAGGCCUUCGGAACUGAGCGGUAGCUCUGCGCAGAAACGGCUCGCACUCGGCGAGCCUCAGAUCGAGGCUGGGUAUUCCAGGGGGGCACCAGGAAAGAGUUUAACCACUGGCGCUGGGGGGGCGGCGGGAAGGCUAGGGGUAGGGGAUCCCUCUGGGGCAAAUUCUAUUAGACAUGGCCGGCCGAAGGUUUGGUCGGGAGUGGGCUACCCGGAAGAAACAAAAGGAAGCAUAGGAGCACGGGAGGAUGUCGCGGAAAGAACUGGAAGAGGAAGGGAGGCGGUGCAGGGAGCUGGAAGAUAUUCGGACAACUCAGGGUCGGACGAUAGAAGGAGAAGUUUGUCCGUCGAGAAAGGGUCACGUGUCGUGAGGGCAAACGGCGCAAGUCAAGAGGAGCAAACGAAGAGAACUGAAGGGGGUCGGUUAAAUAGUGACAGGGUCAAGGAAUUGGCUGCAGGCGCGGCUGAAAGGCGAGCAGGUAUGUCGAGCGUAAGCAAGAGCACGAGUGGUGAGUCAACGAGACUUUCCCGAGAAGACGGAAAAAGGAGAAGAGAUCAGCCUGACAUAGGUAGUCCAGAGCGUAGGCCGCAGAAGAGAGGUAUGGUCAGCCAGUCCGGGUCUGAAAGCCUCCUGAAGAGCCAAGAGCAGGGAAAGGUAAGCAUACUGACCGAUGACGAGGUGCUUUGGGACGACGCCUAAAGUUGGCGACCUCCAUGUGCGCGCGCAGUGCUCACAGCACAAUUCGCUUUUCAGGCUGUCCGGCC